AUGUUCAGCGUCGUAGUUCUUCUGACUUUUGCAGUAGUGGCCAUUUCGGCAGGUCCAGCUCCUACCAAACAAAUAUCCCACUAUGAAAACACCAUCCUACACAAAGGUCCGAGUCCCAAGCUUAACCACAAGAUUAUCCCCGUUCAAAAUUCCAUUGGAGAUAAUCAACUAAAGAAGCUUUUUGACGAGUUCAACUCCUACCCAGAAUACGAGUUCGCCUACGGUGUUCGGGAUCCCAUAACGGGUGAUCACAAGGAUCAAUGGGAGAAGCGCGUCGGCGAUCACGUGCAGGGGGUUUACAUGUUCGAGGAAGCGGACGGAACUCAACGGAUCGUCGAGUACGAAGUGGACGAUGUGCAAGGCUUUAGGGCCAAAGUAACGAACGUCGGCCAGCGGCAGCCCGAAGGAAGCAUCAAGUCGUCGAAGCUAGCCCACCAUCACCAGGGAAGCACCGCUACCAGCUAUAACAUGCUCACCAAGGCCAAUUAG